AUUUUCUUUGAAAGCUUGAAAACAUGACUUGUAUAAAAAGCUAUUGUAGACAAUGGUUUUUGUUCCUCUCCUCCAAAAGUCCAACCACUUGUUUUGUUACUCUUCGAGUUGUUCAUCCUACUCAAGCUUUAUGUUGUGGUGGUUCACAUCGUCCGAAGAGUUGUGGGAAGAGAAUCAUCCUGCUGAAGAGAAAAACUGCGGUUUCACGCUUAUACCUUCGAUCUUCGUUGAAAGAAAGGUCAAGUCAAGUACAGAGACCAGGUAACCAUACGAAACAAGUGACCGAACAAAACGCUAUUUUAUUGCUCAAGGAAUGGAUUGGGAUAUUUUUGUUUGGGUUUAUUACCACUUUUGUAACAAUAUAUUUUUAUUUGGUGACAAAAAACAAACGUUGGUUGUUGUUAAUUGUUGCUUGUGGUAUGCUUUGGAGUAUUUCGAUGGUUAUUCAGAGACUACACAUUCGUAGAAUGUUGUUAGCACAGCGGGUAUGGCAAGAAGAUAUGGAGAAAUAUAUGUCGAAACUGGAAGAAAGGAUAGAAAAAGGAGAUGGUCAACUAGCAAUGUCGAUAUCUCAGUUAGAAUCCAUAGCAAAGACUUGUGAGUGGAUGGAAAGGAAACAAGAAGAACGAAAGGAAGAGUGGAAACAGUUUUUAUGGGAAUGGAAAAGACUUGGAGAAGAAUGGAAUGAAAGCAGAAUGUCCUUGAAUACUCGCCUAUAUCAACUGGAUAAAUGGGAAGAAAGAUGGAAAGAUAUUCAGUCCACUUUAAAGGAAUUGGCUUCUAAUCUAUCGGCUGAAAAGCAAAAUUGGUCGAGUUUGUCUGAACAAGUCAACCAAUUGUUUGAGAAAGUGACUUUGGUAUCUUCUGAAAAUCGCUUUUCAAUGGAAAAUAAGGAAACCGUGUCUUCUUCUAUUUCUAAUGGAAAUAAUAAUGUGUCUGGUAUAGUUCCUUGGAAAGAAUCGAAAGGAAGAGAAGGAUAUAGCCAUCUUUAUAGUUUCUCGAGAGAUGAAUUUGAAAGAGAAGAAAUGUUAAAACAGUUGGAUGAAGAAUGGAUCGACGCUUAUUGGGAAGAAAGAGAUUAUAAAGAUAG